CCACGGAAGCCUCUUUGCUCGCUUAGUGAACGAUCAUUUUAUUAAGUUUUAAACUUAUAUAUUUUAUUUUUUUUACGAAAAAACAAAACAAGACUAAUUCAAAAUGCGUGAAUGUAUCUCAAUCCACGUUGGCCAAGCCGGUGUCCAAAUUGGUAACGCCUGCUGGGAGUUGUACUGUCUGGAGCAUGGCAUCCAGCCCGAUGGCCAAAUGCCAUCUGACAAGACCAUCGGAGGUGGUGAUGACUCCUUCAACACCUUCUUCAGCGAGACUGGUGCUGGCAAACACGUGCCACGUGCUGUGUUUGUUGACUUGGAACCAACUGUCGUAGAUGAAGUACGUACUGGUACCUACCGCCAAUUGUUCCACCCCGAACAAUUGAUCACCGGUAAGGAAGAUGCUGCUAACAACUAUGCCCGUGGUCACUACACCAUUGGAAAAGAAAUCGUCGACGUUGUAUUGGACAGAAUCCGUAAAUUAGCUGACCAAUGUACCGGUCUGCAAGGUUUCCUCAUCUUCCACUCCUUUGGAGGUGGUACCGGUUCAGGAUUCACUUCCUUGUUGAUGGAACGUUUGUCUGUGGACUACGGAAAGAAAUCCAAGUUGGAAUUCGCCAUCUACCCAGCACCUCAAGUGUCAACAGCUGUUGUUGAACCUUACAACUCCAUCCUGACAACCCACACUACUUUGGAACACUCUGACUGCGCAUUCAUGGUUGACAACGAAGCUAUUUAUGAUAUCUGCAGACGUAACUUGGAUAUUGAACGCCCAACCUACACCAACUUGAACAGACUUAUUGGACAAAUCGUAUCAUCAAUCACUGCUUCUUUGAGAUUCGAUGGAGCCUUGAACGUUGACUUGACUGAAUUCCAAACCAAUUUAGUGCCUUACCCACGUAUCCAUUUCCCCUUGGUCACCUAUGCACCAGUCAUCAGCGCCGAGAAAGCCUACCACGAACAAUUGUCUGUUGCUGAGAUCACCAACGCCUGUUUUGAACCAGCUAACCAGAUGGUAAAAUGCGACCCACGUCACGGUAAAUACAUGGCCUGUUGCAUGUUGUACAGAGGAGACGUCGUCCCCAAGGACGUCAAUGCUGCCAUCGCAACCAUCAAAACAAAACGCACCAUCCAAUUCGUCGACUGGUGUCCAACUGGUUUCAAAGUAGGCAUCAACUACCAACCCCCAACCGUUGUACCAGGUGGAGACUUGGCCAAGGUUCAACGUGCCGUCUGCAUGUUGUCCAACACCACUGCCAUUGCUGAGGCCUGGGCUCGUCUGGACCACAAAUUUGACUUGAUGUAUGCCAAGCGUGCUUUCGUCCACUGGUACGUUGGUGAGGGUAUGGAGGAAGGUGAGUUCUCUGAGGCUCGUGAAGAUUUGGCAGCUUUGGAGAAGGAUUACGAGGAGGUUGGCAUGGACUCUGGAGACGGUGAGGGAGAAGGAGCCGAAGAAUAUUAAAAGGUCUGAUUAAAUCAUUCCAAGAGAUGCAAAGCACUUGAAUAAAAAAUAUUUUUUAAA